AGGGGAACAUCGUGUACGAUAAGACCAUCCUUAGAGGUGUCUUCAUGUUGUGGAGUAUCAGAUCUUUCGGGGCAUCAUUUUUGGCGCAACUCCACGACAAUCUGGAUCACUGAGAGAAGGAAGAGCAAUGGAGAAAGAGAGCCAUACGACCUUGCUCAGAACUCGUGCGUCCAGGAUGCCUUCGUCAUCGCGGUCGAGGCUCAGGCGCGGGAACGCCUGGAGCGCCUGUCCGCCCUCAAGCGGAUCAAGCCUGUCGAUAUGACCAAACUGUCACAACAGAGUCAUGAGUCCUUCACAACCCAUAACGACAUGAGAGAAGAACUGAGUAGUGGUGAGCACCAUGGUUUAUCGUUCAAGUGGAUUGACCUAAAAGGGCUGUUGCUAGGGUCCGCCCUUCGACCCCAACCGCCCGUGAACAGGAAACGAACCAGGUGGUUAACUGUCAUAACAGUGCUACUGCAGCCACUAUCCAAUUUGUCUACCUCUGUCGCGGCAUAA